GUCAAAAUAAUAUAAAUUGUAAGCAUCGACGAGAGUCCACUACAAGAUAAACACAUGAUAAUAUCUCAAAUUGUGUGCUUACAAAGAGGUUUUUGUCGUUUUCAAAAAGCAGGCAUUCAACCUGGAAACUGUCAAACUAUAACUAUACCCAAUGGCAAAUAUGUAAAGACAAAGAGAACAAAGAGCACCAUUUCUGGCUCUUCCAUUUUUCAUCUACUCUUCUUUCUCUCUUUCGUUGGAAAAAAAAAAAAAAUUCCCAAGCUCAUAACCAUGGCUUCCCAUAAUCUCCUAACCUGCAUUGUCUUCCCUUUAUUGCUAACUUUACUUGCUAGAAUUUGUGCAGCCGGUGUCUCUAUGUUUCCGUGCUCACAAGACAUCAAGAAAUGUGAUGCCUUGUUGUACCACAUCAACUCUGGUCCACAGAAAAAGCAAAUUGCCUCAUAUUACUCAGUUGACCCUUCUACUUUCCGCUAUAUUUCCCAUAGAAACAACCAGGAUUACCUUAUACCAGUCACUUGUACGUGUGAAGAUAUCGGUAAUGGCACAAAAGCAUACUUAUACAAUGCAUCCUAUACAGUGCAAGAGAACGACACUUUUGCGGAAGUUUCAACUCGUAUUUACAGUGGACAAGCACUUGAAGUUGGAGGAGAAGAAAAGAGUUUUAUUACAGGAAACAAAGUAUCCAUGCAUCUGUUAUGCGGAUGCCUAGAAACUCAGUCUGAAACCAUAGUUACAUAUACAGUUCAGCCGGGCGAUGUUUUAUCAGAUAUUGCUACUCUGUUGUCGGUAAACAUAAAUGAUAUACAGAACUUGAACAGCAAUCUGAUUCAAAAUCCGGAUGACAUAAUUGCUGGUUGGGUGCUGUAUGUGCCCAUGGAAAAUGGUCGAAUUCCACCACCCAAGAAAGGGAGAUCAAAGGAUAAAUGGAAAUUUGUUAUUGUCCUAUUAUCGGCAGUUACGCUAUUUUCAACGAUUGCAUUUUUUGUCAUUCUCAUCCGGAGAAAAAAAGCACAGCAAGUGAGCGAGGAAGACUCAAAACCUGUAUCCAAAACCAUGGGUACCAGAGCAUUUUCAUUGCAGAGCCACUUUCUAUACAAGGAAAACAUAGAAGAUGUAACGGCUUUGGAAUCAGAAAGACCAGUGAUAUAUAGUCUCGAGGAGAUUGAAGAGGCUACAAGUAAUUUUGAUGAAACUAAGAAAAUUGGAACAGGGGGGUAUGGAUGUGUGUACUUUGGAAUACUAGGACAGAAGGAGGUUGCGAUAAAGCAGAUGAAAUCUAACAAAUCCAAAGAGUUCUUUGCUGAACUCAAGGUAUUGUGCAAGAUCCAUCACAUAAAUGUGGUUGAGCUCUUGGGAUUUACUAGUGGAGAUGACCACCUCUACUUGGUUUAUGAGUAUGUCCAGAAUGGAUCACUCAAUGAUCAUCUCCAUAAUCCCUUACUGAAUGGUCACCAGCCGCUCUCUUGGACAGCAAGAACACAAAUUGCACUCGAUGCUGCUAAAGGCAUUGAAUACAUUCAUGACCACACAAAAGCACGGUAUGUGCACAGGGAUAUAAAGACCAGUAACAUUCUACUCGAUAAGAGGCUACGAGCAAAGGUUGCAGAUUUUGGAUUAGCAAAGCUUGUUGAGCGAACAAAUGAAGAAGACCUCAUAGCUACACGAUUGGUUGGAACACCAGGUUACCUCCCCCCCGAAUCGGUGACGGCCCUCCAAGUGACCCCCAAAACUGAUGUGUAUGCAUUCGGGGUGGUCCUGGCGGAGCUGAUAACAGGUCAACGUGCACUGGUUCGUGACAGUCAGGAGCCAAACAAAAUGAAAUCACUAAUUGCAGUUGUUAAUAAGAUAUUCGAAGAAGAGGAUCCGAAAUCAACUUUAGAAGAAGCCAUAGAUGGAAAUCUUAGAGGCAGCUAUCCCAUGGAGGAUGUGUACAAGAUGGCUGAGCUGGCUGAGUGGUGCUUGAGUGAUGACCCAGUGAAGAGACCAGAAAUGAGAGAAAUUGUUAUAACACUUUCUCAAAUCCUGAUGUCCUCGGUAGAGUGGGAGGCAUCACUUGGAGGGAGUCGCCAUGUUUUCAGUGGCAUAUUCGAAGGAAGAUGAAAAGCAGUCCAAUGUAGAAAAAUCUUAUGUGUACUUGGAAGCAAUUUACGUUAAUCAUAAGGGAAAAA